UUGCCCUUAAAAUAAGUGUAUUUAUACGACUGUUUAGUUAUUUUUUUGCACGCUUUAAAGAAUAAUUCUCUAUGUCUAAUGACAGCAAGUUAUUAGGCAACAUAACAUACCUAAUGUAAAUAUCCUUUACUGCUGCUGCUUCAUUAACAUCAAUUUUUGUCAAAUGAUUUGAUUAAGAAAAUGUCCAGUAAAGAAGUAAAAGCUGAACUAAAAAGUGCCAGAGAAGCCAUCAAAAAUAAAGGGUUUAAAGAAGCUUUGAAACAUUGUAAGGCUGUUCUCAAACUUGAGAAGAAUAACUAUAAUGCCUGGGUGUUUAUUGGAGUGGCAGCUACAGAGCUGCAGCAGCUGGAUCAGGCACAGACCGCCUACAGAAAGGCCACUGAACUGGAGCCAGAGCAACUGCUUGCAUGGCAGGGUUUAGCAAAUCUGUAUGAAAAAAGUGACCAAGCAGAUUUCAAAGCUGAGCUGCCAAAGAUUUACCAGAAACUUAUUACACUGUAUGAAACCUCAGACAAAGCGAAAUGUUUUGAAGUGAGCAAGAAGUUGGUGGAAGUCUAUCAGUCGGAGAAGAACUAUUUACAGGUGGCCCGAGUGUGGAGGAGGUUAAUCCAGGUGAGGGAGGCAGAGGAAGGGGUGGAGGAUUUAGAGCUGCUGGAGCUGUGGAGGGAGAUGACCAGACUCUUGCAGGACACGGUUGAGGAUCAGGACAAUGAGACUCAACAACACCUGAUAUCAGCAUUUGAAAGAGCUUUGCAAUUGAUGAUAGAUGUGCCCAGUGAAGCCCACAGGAGCCUUUCACAGGACUACAUUAAAUGUCUUUCCAAGCUUCCUCAUGAGGUGGCCAAACUAAAGGAAGUUUGUGAUGCCACGCUGUCCCGCUAUCCGACACACUCCUACCCUCUAGAGGCCCUCAGUGAGCACUACAUCAGAACAGGUGACUGCAGUGAGGAAGCUGCGUGCUGUUUCAGCCGUCUCUCGGAACUGGAUCCAAACAACUCACACGCUCACUUUGGUCUUGGUAUUAAAGCUUGUCAGGAUAAAAAAUAUGAGGAUGCCAUCAAAAGUAUUAGUCUAGGAUUGAAGCGUAUGCGCUCCUCCAUCAUUGGCUGGUAUAAUCUUGCUCUGGCUCAACUAAAAAUGCAUAAAUACUCUGACAGUGCCACAGCUUCCAGCCAAGGGCUGAAGUCGAGUGUGGGGAACUCUGAUGAUUGGACUCAUAAGCUGCAGAGGUUGAAACUAGAGGCUCUGGUAAGGACAGGAAGAGACCAGGAUGCUGAGGAAGCUCUGCAGAUCCUUACACAGAUUUCAGAUGCCAAAAAUGACCCAGUGCUUUUAGCUUUGAAAGGAAGAGCCCACUUGCAAAAAGGCCAAACUGAGGAAGCAUUUCAGGUUUCAGCUGAGCUGCUGAGCUCUCACCCAGGAUCUGUGGAGGGUCUCACUCUGAAGGGGUUGGUGCAUGUUGCGAAAGAACAGCACAAACAAGCUGAAGAAAGCUUUCUAGAGGCUUUAUCCGGUAGCCCAGAUAAUGGGGAGUUGUUCUUCCUGAUGGGGUGCCUGUUCUGGAACAUGGGAGAGGAAAUACGAAGGGAUCGCAGCAAAGCCCAUACACAUUUACUCAAGGCUGCUAAACUGGACCCGUAUCUCGGUUCAGUGUUUCGUUUUCUGGGUCAUUACUAUAGAGAGGUAGCAAAAGAUCAGGGCAGAGCCAGAGGCUGCUAUAAGAGAGCGUUUGAGCUGGAUUCCUCUGAUGCAGAGUCUGGAGCGGCUACUGUAGACCUCAGCAUGGAGCAGGGGGACAUGGACUCAGCUCUGACUGUUCUGCAGUCUGUAACAGAGAGAGCCACUCCUGGCUCUGCUAAAUGGGCUUGGAUGAGGAGAGGGCUCUACCACCUCAAGAUUGGCCAGCAUCAACAGGCCAUUGCAGAUCUGCAGGCGGCAUUGAGGGCAGAUCCUCAGGAUUGGGUGUGCUGGGAAUGUUUAGGUGAGGCUUACCUUAACCGCAGGAGUUUCACAGCAGCCCUGAAAGCAUUCGAUAAAGCACAUACUCUGCAGCCCACCUCCGUCUACAGCCUCUAUCAGACCGCUGCCAUCAAACAGAUCCUCGGCCGGUUUAAAGAGGCCGCUGCAGAGUACAGGCAGAUCUUAGAGCAGGAGGACUACGUGCCGGCAUUGAAAGGUCUGGGUGAAUGCUUGCUAGCCUUGGCUAGAAGUGCACUUGAUGACUAUCUUGAUGGAAGAGCUGUAGAUUUGAUACAGAAUGCCAUCCAUUACCUUUUAAGAGCUUUAAAGCAAAGGCCAGACCUGUCGUGUCUGUGGAAGUUACUAGGUGAUGCCUGCACCACCUCCAGAACUGUGUCCCCAAACCGAGCCAAAGUGCUGGUGCCUGGAGCUCUAUGUGGAAUGGAUCCACUUGAUCAGGGCCAUACACUGGACCAGAGACAGCUCCUCACUCUAGGAGAAAGGUGCUUUGGUCAUGCUUUGAAACUCAUGCCGGAGGCCCCUAGUCUGUGGUGUGACCUUGGCCUGAACUACUACCACCAAUCCAGACUGCUCAGCUGCCUCAAUCCUGAAGAGGAUCAGCAGCCUCUGCUGGAGAAAGCCAUACAGUGUGUGAAGAAGGCGAUCAUGCUCGACAGUGCAAAUCACACAUACUGGAAUGCCCUCGGGGUGGUCUCCAUGGCAAAGGGAAUAGAAAACUUUGCACUUGCACAACACUGCUUUAUCAAAUCGGUAAAAGCGGAGUCAAAUAAUGUGGUUGCAUGGACCAACCUUGGUGCUUUGUAUCUGAAGAAGGGAAAUAUAGAGCUCUCGCAUGAAGCUUUUAAGAUUGCUCAGUCUCUAGAACCCCUCUAUGUGAACUGCUGGAUCGGACAGGCCCUGAUUGCUGAGUCAGUGGGCAGUUAUGACACCAUGGAUCUUUUCAGACACACCACAGAACUGAGCACUCAUACCGAGGGAGUGAAGGGUUAUGCAUAUUGGGUUUACUCCACACUGCUGGACAGGAGCAACAGAGACUCAGAGAUCUACCUCUACAACAUAGUCCAGAUGAACGCUGUCUCUGCUGCCCAGGUGGCUCUGAGCAAGUACACCGAGAGGGUUCAGACAGACCCAGACUCCUUCAUCAUGCUCGGAUACCUGAACACACACCUGCAGCUGAGGAAACAGGCCACUGAGGCAUAUCGCAGAGCUGUCGAGUUGCUUCAGGCAUCCCCUCACACAGAUAAGCUCAGCUUUGCUCUGAGGGGUUAUGGACGUGCACUCAGUGAUGAUGGACAGUGGGAAGAAGCAGUGCAUAUUUAUUCCUCGACACCACUAGAGGAGCUGCAUGAUCUCAUUGGGCUGGCGCUUGCCUAUUUCAGAAUCGGUCGCAUGCCAGAAAGUGUUCAGGCCUAUGAGAAAGCCCUCGCAGUUGCCUCUAGUGAGAAGGAAAAGGCCUGUAUACUCACUGCACUGGCCCUGAUACAGCACAGGCUGGGCAACAUUGAUCAUGCCAAAACUCUUCUCUUCAAGUGCUCCAUGCUGAAAGAGCCUGUCUCAGAGAGUCUGCAGUGUCUGUGUUCUCUGGGUUUGGUUCAUGGGGAUGUGACCCUAGCAAGUGCUACGCUUACUGAGCUGCUAAAACUGGGGGAACGUGUAGGAGGCGCUGUGGAGGAGCACUGUCUGCUCACUUGCACCCUGCUGGCCCUGCAGGGCAACUAUAGUGGCGUACACAGGGAGGCUGCUAGGGCUAUACACAGACCUUUCAAUGUCCAGAGGGCGUUGCUGUACAGUGGAGUGAAUCAACUGGCCUCAGGCCGGCACUCUGGUGAGGACAAAAGACGCAACGCUCUGAAAACAAUCCAGAGAGCUGUGCUGCUGUGCCCAGAUGAUCCUGCUGGGUGGGCGGGGCUAAUGGCUGCCUGUCACACAGAGAACACUGCAUGCUUACUCCAAGGCUCCGCCCCUCACAGAGAAGAUCUGGAGAGGGCGCACAUGACUCUGGUGUCUGAAAAAGUGAAGGGCCUGCAGGCAGAGGAUGGGCUCUUGGCUCAGGCUCUGGAGGGAUGGGUGCUGCAGCAGGCCGUGACUGGACUCAAACAGAGUGGCCAAUAUGACCAGGCAGAGACUCUCUGCUCCCAGGUUCUGAGUGUAUCUCCAGAGCAACCUGUGGUGUUCCUGAUGUUAAGGCAGGUUCAGUGUGAGCGCCUCCUGUUGUCUGACUCCGGUAACUGUGUUCCUCCUGCGGUGCUGGAUCAGCUCAGCGCUGCUGUCAUGGCCAACCACACAUCUGUGUCCGCCUGGCAUUGGUUGGCAGAAGUGUACCGUUCUCAGGGUCUGCUGGCUCAGGCCUCUGUGGCAUAUAGACAGAGUCUUCAGCUGGCCUCUCAGCUCGGUGACAACAUUGGAAAGAUGAGCAGUCUGCUCCGACUAGCCCUGCUGGCACUCAUGCCGUGUUUGGCUGGUGUCUGUGUCUCUGAGUGGAAGGAUCUGGUGUUGGAGGCCAGCACUGAAGUUUUAAAGAUGGGCAGCUCACCAGUAGCUCUGCUCUUCCAAGCCUUACUGCAGUUCUCUAUAAAGAUGGGUGCCAGGGAAACCCGUCGCCUGUUGGAGAAAAUAGUUUAUGCUUCAGCCUCAGGCGGCUCUGAAACAAUAGCAUCAGUGGCACGCUGGUACCUCCUGCGCCACCUGCACGCCAAAGAUGACCUGGAGCUGAUAGAUACUCUGUUGGUGAAUGCAACAGCAGAAGGAGACAGCAGACUGAUGGAUUUCCACAGACGCCUUUACCCAUCCAGCUGAGACAGUCCACCAUCCUCACAUCCCUCAGGAGACCUGCAUUUCACCAUUGUUCUGCUUCAUCUCUUGCACACUGAGCAGUUUACUCACCGAUCAAUGUUUACAAAUCUGAAAGUCUUUACAUGACCAAGUACAUUUCAUUAUGUACGGAUAUAUCUGCUAAGCUAAUUUAAAAAGACACGUGAUCUAUAUGAAUGGCUCUUUUAAUAGCAGUUUAUGGUAUAACUGAAUUAGCCUAUGCUCACUGUAUUGCAAUCACAUGAGCGUUGAUACAUGAAAAAUUACAUUAAUGAUAUUCAUUAUUAUUUUUAUGUGCCUUCCCCAAAGUGACAGUUUUUCGCCAUUAUUAUUAUCACCACAAGGCUCAGCUGACUAUACUAAAUCUACUGCUAUUGCGAUUAUGUAACUCAAAAGAGUCAUUGCUUCGGAUCCAAAAUCACUAUUGGGCACAUUUGAAAGUGCAGCAGUGGGAUAUCUGCUCUUCAGAUUGUCUGUUUAUGGUCAGAGAAACCAAGAAUUCAAAUUAAUUGCUUUUUAUCUGACGCAUCAUUAUCUUUGCCCUACAGAAGCACUGGCAGAACUAAUUAACCUCUGUUUUUCCUCACUGUCAUUUCCAAAUAACUGACUUUACUCAUCUCUGCAGAACUGACCUACGGUCGACUGGGCUGAUUGAGGGCUAUUGAGUCCCAGAAAUAUUAAAGCACAUAUCCAAAACAGAAAAAAAGUGGGAAAUAACGAUAAUUGUUUAUCUUGUUGGGUGUAUUUAUGCUUUGCACGUAUGCAUUGUUGGCUUGGAAACUUAAAUGAAAACAAAGCGAUCUUGUUUGUUUAUUCUAGCAUUCAUUACAAUCAAUACUGGCCUGGGGACGUGCAGACAAACACAGAACAAUUCAUCUUCAUUAUCAUUCAGUAUUGAGCCUGCAUGAGUAUUGUGCUUCUAAUCUUGGAUUUGUCGUAAUUGUACCUUGAUUGAAUUUCAUCAACUAUGAUUGUUCACUCAGAAUCUGAUUUUAAAGUCUGGUCCAGCAAAAAGAGAUUUAAAGGAAAUGACCUCACGCAAGCUGACUAAAUCCUUUUUUUUCAAUCUAGAAAACAAAUGUAGAGCUUAUUUGAUUGUAUUGUCCAUCUGCCCACAUUCUGCUGAAUCAUACUUGGUGUUCACA